AUGACUCUCUCCCUCAAAGGUAUCACGACGGCAGCAGGAGGUUUCACCACCACGAGUGGAGGGGGCUGUUCUGAUCACUUAAGAUGCAAGAUUUAUAUUGAUGACACUAGGGAGAACGUCAAAAAACCGUUCAAAUUUGUGAACGCAUUGACAAAAAUGCCUGAGUUUCUGCCGGCUGUUGGGGAUUAUUGUUCGGUUAAGAGAGCAAAAAAUUCGAUAAGGGAGAUAGUUGACUCAGAGGGAAACGUUUUGAAAGACAAGUUAGCUAUCAAGGGUGAAGCUGAGAAAUACUUUCGAGAUUUUCUCUGCCAUAAUCCGUCGGACUACACAGGCAUGGAUGUCGAUACUCUUGCGACUUUACUAAACAAAAAGUGUUCUCCUGAUGACUGUUCACUGCUGGAAAAGGAAGUUACAGUGGAGGAGAUAACAAAGGGAUUAAACUCUACUCUAUUGGCUUUAAUCCCGAAAAAGAAUGAUGCAAAGGAGAUGAAAGAUUAUAGACCGAUAUCCUGCUGUAAUGUUAUCUACAAGAUAAUCUCAAAGAUUCUCGCAAACCGACUGAAGACGAUUCUCCCAAGCAUUAUUGCUCCAAACCAAUCAGCGUUUGUAAAGGAUCGUCUCCUUGUAGAGAAUGUACUUCUUGCUUCUGAGCUGGUUCAGGACUACCAUAAAGAUUUGGGUCCAUCACGUUGCGCUAUGAUGAUAGAUAUUGCAAAGGCUUUUGAUACAGUCCAAUGGGGUUUUCUCUUAAAUGUGCUUGAGGUUAAUGUGGAACUUGUGGGUUAUUUCCAGAGUCAGCGUGGAUUACAACAAGGUUGUGCACUCUCGCCUUAUCUUUUCGUUCUCUGUAUGAACGUUUUAUCUAGCAUGCUUGACAAGGCUGCCGAAAUGAGAAGAUUUGGAUAUCAUAAAAAUUGCUCAAAGUUGAAGCUCACACACUUGUGCUUUGCGGACGAUAUUAUGGUAUUUACAGAUGGUAAGCUGCGUUCUUUGAAAGGAAUUGUUGAUGUUUUUGAUAAGUUCACUGCUGCUUCUGGAUUGAAAAUCAGCCUGCAGAAAUCAACGAUAUAUAUGGCUGGUAUUCCCGAAGGGGAUCGUGUAAAUAUCACAGAGCAAUUCCCUCUGACUUCUGGCACGCUUCCGAGCUGUAUGAAUGAGAUCGAUUCACUCUGCAGUGCAUUUUUGUGGUCUGGACCAACACUAAGCACAAAGAAAGCAAAAGUCUCAUGGUCGGAUGUUUGCAAAAAGAAAUCAGAGGGAGGCUUGGGAUUAAGAUCGCUAAGAGAAGCUAACACAGUAUGCUGUUUACGGAUUGUUAAGUGUAUUCUAUCGAGCAAGAACUCGCUGUGGGCAUCAUGGAUCAGGGCGUAUCUUCUUCGCGGGAAAUCGUUUUGGUCACUAAAUGAGAGAUCAAUGCAGAGCUCCUGGAUAUGGCAUCGAUUACUUAAGAUGCGGGAAUUGGCUCGGGGUCUUCAUCGCAUUAAGAUUAAUAACGGAGAAGAAACAUCAUUCUGGUAUAAUGAAUGGUGCUCACAAGGGCCGCUGAUUAACAUCACGGGCACUUCAGGUUUCAUUGCUCUGGGUAUACCAGCCUAUGCAACUGUCGCAUCUGCUAUCCGUUCUCACAGACGACGACGUCACCAACGAGACGAGCUGAAUCUAAUUGAAGAUGAUCUCUCCUCGGUUGCGAUACGAAGAAAUACAAUGGAGGACCAACACUUGUGGAAAGGAAAAGGCGAACAGUUUCGCGACAGAUUCAUUUCGAGGCAAACUUGGUACAAUAUCAGGUACCCACCACCACCUCCAAAAGAUUGGUGUUCGAUGGUUUGGUUUUCAGGAAAUACACCAAAAUUUGCUUUCAUAACUUGGUUAGCGAUGUGGAAUCGCCUGUCAACUGGUGAGAUAAUGGCACAAUGGGGAACAGGUAUGGAGGAAUCUAACCAGGAAAUUGCUGGGUCAUCGGUAGAUGAAUGUCUGGGACGAGCAUGGGGACACUCCGCAGCUGGCACAGAGUUUAAUACCGAUAUUGGACAAGAUGAUGCGUAA